AAGAAAUUGUUUUUAAAACGAUACGUGUAAUGUGAAAUUGAUCCCGCUACUACUAGGGCACGCUUCUCUCUCUGGUGUUUGUUUUCAAACAUUGCAUCUGUUUCUGUCACUGCUCACUGUUUUGGGAAAAUUUAUAGUUGAUUAUCCAUGGCUAAUAAUCCAUCACAGCUUCUGCCAUCAGAGUUGAUUGACCGAUGUAUAGGUUCGAAAAUAUGGGUGAUAAUGAAAGGGGACAAGGAGCUUGUUGGUACUCUUAGAGGCUUUGAUGUCUAUGUUAACAUGGUCCUUGAAGAUGUUACUGAAUAUGAGAUCACUGCUGAAGGGAGACGGAUAACAAAGCUUGAUCAGAUUUUACUCAAUGGAAACAACAUUGCCAUUUUGGUCCCUGGUGGUUCACCUGAUCCAGAAUGACUAGUUCUACUCGGUUACAUUUAUUUUUAACUCUCAAGAUGUUGCUCUAGGCACGUAAUUCCUAUAUUUUAACGAGGAUUCUGAGGCCAGCUAGGUUUUUUCUUCAGUGAGCUUGUUUUUAGGAUAUGUGGUUCUAGUGUAAUGCAUAUUCAACUUUUAUCAUGAAUUGUGGAUUGUCCGGUGUAACAAGUAAUGCUACUGAUUAUAACAAUUGAUUAUGCGCCUUUAUAUUCCAUUCAAUGUUUCUACCUCAAUUACU